UGACUUUAGGAAAUUGGAAAACAAUAUACAAUUCUUAUCACAUUUUAUUAAAUUAAUAUGAAGUGUUAAGACAGUUUUCUAACUUGUAACACUUUUGGUCAACAAAACAUUACCUAAAUAAUGGGAACUAUUCAAAAUCGGUAAAAGAACAUAUUAUAUAAAAGAUAGGUUGGGUCAAAUCAAAUAUUCUUUUCACCCCUGAAACCAUCAGCCAUUUCGCUUUGCGUUGCAAUAACACACCGCAUCGAAACAACAUGCCUGAAGAUAUUUUCUCGAACCAACUGCCACUAUAAACCAUCCAUCAUGACCAUUGUUGUACGAUUGCGCUGUCCUGUUCGAUAGGCUACAAUGGAUUAUUUUUUUCCUCCCAAACAAUACCAUGCACCCCAACCUCCCAACCUCCAAAUGCCCAACCUCCCAUGCACCCCACUUUUUUCAUCCCAACCUCCCAAACAGACAUUGCGAAACAUCGUUAGCUUCUUUUACAUACGACAAACAACCAAACACCGCUCAAAGGCACCAUUUUCGAUCAUUCGUGUUAUAUUUCGCUUCGCAUGCCUGUCGGGUGGGACGAAACAAAGCAGCAAAAACGAUCGCAAAAUAAAAAUAAAAAAUUACACACAGAGCAGCAUCUAGUUCACAGCUUCAAACAAGAUAGACAUACCGGUUUGUACAGUAUAAAGCAUACGACGACAACAGCUACAAACAACAAAAACGUCCGACUGCAAAUCGCUCGGUACAGUGCGUCCUUCCGUUCAGGAUGGUGAAAACUUCCGUGCAAACCGGAAACAUACUGGCAGAAAUUGAAUUUGUCUGCAGAGAAAUUUUCUCACUCGUAUUUGCGUGUGGGUGUGUGUGUGUGUGUGUAUGCGUGACAAUGUAGCAGUGAGUGUUAGUUCUGGUGAUUUAUAUUUAUUUGAAUAACAAUCACUUCCGCACUUCGUUCUUUGAGGUAUAUUGUUAUAUUUAUUCGUGUGAUGUUUUCUUCCUAUGUUAAUGGUCUUCAGCAGUGUGAAAAAAAAAUCUCCUACAUGUGAUGCAAAGUACAAGGUGUAGCGAAGAGAUGCUGAGUGUGUAGUGUGAUGGCUACUGAUAAUAUGCCACUUUUGAAGUGCAUCCGUGUUAGUGUUGGUAAUUGAAGGAGUCUAAUCCUAGUGGAACAAGCAAAUCCCAUUUUGAGGAUUUAAUCUGGUUGGCACAUAACGCAAAUGUAUUAUUGGAUGCUUGGUUGAAAAGUGCCCCACAAACGGAAAGCUUGUGAAUUGGAUAACUGUAGGAAUUUGGACAAAGCAACUAUAAAUGUUACCGGAUUUAUCAGGAGCAAUUAUGUGGAAGGAUGCUGUUUACUUAUAAUCAAAACCUUCGCACAAACGUUUUGAGCAAUUCGCUGGCAAAUGGAGGGAUUCUAGAACAGCAAUGCUGCCCCAUUGCAUCGUUAUGCAAAUUAAUAUAGGUUUCACUAGCGCAUGAACAAGGACAUCUGUUCUGAACACAAUGGGAAACUAAGAUUACAAACCCCAAUCUACAUCCCACAACGUUCAGAUGUGGCGACAGGAACUGUGGACAAAAUACAAACGAAAAAUCACACACCGCAGAUAACCGAAGCAAGCCUCAAGGACGUUUCGUUUGGCUGCGAGACGGCAGCAUUGCAUACGGUGCCACCGUUCCGUAGCACAUUGGUAACAAAUCUGGCAAAGUCAAUCGUCCAUUUGUGACCUUCAUCCGCCCUCGGCGAGGUAGCGGACGGACGGCCCACGGUCCUGCAACGAUGAAGGUGGACAAGGGCGUGUGCACCAACGGCACCUUGGAGGACCUGAACCGGGCCAUCCAAUUCGAGGCCGUCUUUUCGACGCUCGUCGAAAACAAGAUACUGGCAAUCAAGCGUGAGUGUGAGCUGAAGAAGCGGCACAAAAAAUCACGCCUCCUGCGGCGUAUCCUAUUCGGUCGUAAGGUAUCGUCGGGUGGUGCGGGAAGUAGUUGCUGCCAUCGGGAGGUUUCCGCUAGCAAUAGUAACAGCAGCAACGAUGCGAACGCCGCCAAUGAACCGUUGUGUCCGGGUCACAAUGGAACGGCAGGAAGCGUACAUCAUCAGUACCGGGAGGGGAUCGAUGGCGGUUGCUUUAGCUAUGGGCCCUCGGUACCGGAAGCGAUUGCUGGUGUAGAAAACUCUACCAUUAGCGAUGGCGCCGAUGAGGUUAUUGUUGAGAUCGGUGACCUUUCGUCGCUGGUCGAUGCCGAUGGAAAUGUGGUUGUGACAACAACGUACGUAGAAGCCGGGAGUUACGCAGGCGAAGAAAAUGGCCCGGUGAGUGAGUCGGUAGCAGCCGGUAGCCGUGCUACUGGGGUAUCCAGGAUGUCCGGUGCCGAAUCCGUUUCAACGAAAAGUCCCGAAUCGCUGGAAAAUCGUAAAAGCGGUGGCCGUGUGUCUGGGAGUGCACCCCGGAAGUCCUCCUUGCUGGAGCCGGUUUCGAUCGAAAUUGAGCCCGAAUCGGACCCGCUCAGCGCACAUUACGACAUGGAGGACAGUGCUACGAAUGUGUCGAUCGAGUUGGACGGCGUUAGUGAUGUGUCCGAUAUGCGGCGUAGUAUUGCAUCGGAACCGAUAUCUAUCAUCAAGAAUUCGACCCGGUCGCGGUAUGGUAUGGGUUCCUAUCUUUCCGCGGGCAAUGCCGUAGCCAACCGAUUACGGGUGCUCGAAGCGAAAUCAAUCAGCGCCCAAAACAGUCCGAUACUGCCACGCCAGAAACCGGCGGCCGAAGGACGUCACCUGACGUUUAGUACGGCCACUUACCAGCAGACAAAGUCAUCGACCAAAGCGAGCGCCAUCGACUGUGAUACCUCGUUCGUGGUGGAUCUCAGCCAGUCAGAUCGGGAUCAGCAGCAACAGCAGCAGCAACACAACAACUCCACUGUGAUAGUGAAGGACAAGCCGGUCAGCCAGGCGGCUAGCGGCAGCAGGAAGUCAGCACUAGUUCUAGGCGAUAAUAGCAGUAGUAGUAGCGCUAUUAAGAGAAACAAAUUAACGCAACCCCAUAGCAGCAAUCAUUCAGCCAGUGCGGUGUCCAUCGGUCGGGCCCCAUCGGCACAGCAGCAGCCGCAGCCGCAGCCACAGCAAGAGGCACCAUCGUCGCCUCCACUCGGACUCAUAGAAAGCUUUAAUCAGCUGACGGCAUCCAAUCUACCUGUGAUAGCAUCUACCGCACGACAUUCACCGCCGGUUAGUGAUCUGGUCAAGCUGCAACAGCACCAUCUUACCGGUACUGGCCGUCAGCAGCACCAUCGGCCCUCAUCACCGUCGAUUCUGCUUGAACCAAUUGGCCGCGGUGAGCCACAUCCAUCAUCCGAUGCUCACUCACCCAUCCCUUCCAGGCGCGCUAGCAAAGGAUCCACUGUUGCGCCGAUUGCGACCGAAGGCGUCCCAGCAACGGUGCCGAUGGGGGCCACCUCACAGCCUUCGUCAGCCGGCACAGUAUUACCGAAUCAGUCACAAAGCCAACGUAAGUCGCGUAGCUUCCUUAGACAAUCCAGCUGUGACGUGGAGCUACACUAUCGGCCAACCACCACCGGCACCAGAAGAUCGAGCGCCAAGGAGCACCACCAUCACCGUAAAGGUAGCGGGUACGGCCAUGGUGACGAUUACUCCUCCUACAUCAUGGGGUACGACAUCAACGAGAGUGACGAGGAGAAACUAAACAAGCGGAAGUACAAAUAUUUGAAGCGAUGCUCGGACCCGGUCAUAGUGUUCCCGUCGACGAGCAGCGGCACAGGGGCGGUAGGUGGCGGUACCGUCGGCGGCAGUGGCCUCCAGCAUUGCAUCCUCAGCCGUCCUCCGAAUCAACCACUUCAAUUCCCCUACGACGAUGACUUCAUGUACGAUGUUUCACUGCAAAUUGAAUCCGAACGUCACGGGGAGCUGGAUUCAAUAGUGCCUGAGCAUAGGAGGAAGCAUAAACACAGACAUCAUCAUCACCACCAUCGACACUGUAAGAAGAAAAGACACAAGAAGCGCAAAAUUCUGGUGCACGAUCUGGACGACCAAAGCGUGAAGGUGAUAGACCCGGAUGAUCUGCCGCAACGUGCCAGAUGGACAAUCAUUGCGACCGCAUGCCUAUUACUGAUUAUGUGCCUACUAUUAGUUGGAAUCACACUGCGGAUGGCUCCCAUCAUCGACGAUAUGGUGCGCCAAGAGAACGAACGGCUCAUGCGGGAGUCGCUCGAUAGGGCGAAGAUGAUUAAAAACUACACCGAGUACAACCGGAUGAUUGGUGGCGAUGAAAUUCCUUAACGAUUUAUCCUCGGUCCGAUAGGCGAUGUGCCCGCGUUGCAGAUCUGCUACCUGGUCCUGCUAGCUGCCAACAUCUAAAAGACCAGCCGAGCCGUUAACAUCAUUAAUGGCGCACGCCAGUAAGACAUUCGUGUGCCACACGUGCACACUACACUCACAUGCUGAUGAUGCUACCGAAUGACCAACAAGUGAACGUACAAACGCACAAUAACAUCGUCAAAGAAAUCGUUUUGAGUGGAACCGGUGGGAAUUGAUCCUUCGCUAGAUGGUGAAGCAGUAACGGUGGAAAAAGCACCCCAAACCUCUGGACGUGCUGCUGCCGGAAGCUACUGAAAGUAAUGAAUUCAACAGGCCAACUUCACAUCUCCACGGACCAAUUUUAGGUUAACUCGAUGGACCACAGCGUUACUUCGCUUGAUGCACAUUUAUCGACCUUCCGAUGCACAAAAAACAAAGCACACAAACACAAGCAUACAGCUGACAUGGCGAAAGCUUCACGAAAGCUCCACGAUUGGCUAGGAAAAAAAAUCUCAAUGGCUAAGUAUGACGGAGCAGUUACUUUCAAGCAAGCUAGAUUCAAUUCCAACGUCUGCAUAUCAUCGUGAAUAAUUUUUUUGUUGCUGUUUAUAUACACCUCAACUUCACUUUUCACACUUCAAAAGCUAUGUGUCACGAUGGUGAAGAAAAUGGCAACAAAAUGUAAGAGCAAGAAAGGAAAAAAAUGCGACCAUUACAGUGUCGAAUACAGAUGCUUAGGUGGGAUGCUCUGUUUACAAUGCUCGGCUUGCCACCUUCAACCGGGCAGAACGCUUUCCACGAAAGCGCUGACCGAAACAGACGGGCCUUACACAGCAAGACAAGGAAUUUAGAGAUUCGUGUUGGCAAUUUGAGCCACGAUUACGCGACGCAUCACCCAGCCGGGCCCGGUGGCAUAAAAAAGUAGAAAAGGUUCAAUUUCAUCCAUUCUCCGGGCCGGUAGAACUUGGGCUCGCACCCACCAACGUAAUGGUUCCCCGAAAUGUUUGCCGUACAAAUAUAAUCACUUUCUGGCGGCAACGGUGGCUAGGUAGAGGAGAGGGUAAUCGGUAAAGGAAAAAAGGGAACAAAACCCCUUUUUGUUGCCAAAAAAAAACAUCGGCACAAUCAAUUUAGCAACAGCUCGAAGCAGGCAAGUGAACGAAAGUGAAAAAGUAAAAAAAACCAUCAUACACACACAAAACAGAACCACACUUACACAACGAGCUAGAAAUUCCGACGACAAUGGUGACGGUGCUUCUGAUUCUGGAUUAGUUUAGCGUUUCGCGUGGAAACUGUGUAGCUAUUUGGCGUUUGGCCUUUAUAUUGGAUGAUGUAGUGGAUUUCUGUGUCUCGUAGAAACAAAAAUAGAGGAACUGUUUAGUGUUGGGAGCUAGUCUAUGGUUCUAUUUCGGCUUCAAUUAAAUUAACUUGGAAACGGCUUAAGCGUUCAUGAAUAUUGGUUUAUAAAAAUCACUUUAUUUGUUUCACUGUUUACCUAGCACAAAAAAGGUUUAUGUUCUUUUAUUUAUCCUGCAAUGCUCAAAAAAGGUUUGUUUUCGGAUGAGAUUUGGUAACGGUCUUAUCGUAUGAUAACCAGCACCAGUACCAUUAAACCGUGAUCCCUAUGGAAAUAUUUUAGUAAAAUGUACAUAAAUAAAAGCUCAAAAUUCUUACCUUUUGCUUAAUAUUUUAUAAAUUUAAUUUACCUCUGAUCCAUUUCUUAAACGUUCUAAACUUGCAUGACCGAAUAAAGUUUUAAUAUUUAAUUCAUUUACCUAACACAACAUUUUUCCACAAUUCUACUGUAGAAAAUCGUUAUAUUAAAAUAUUAGGGCUUUGGUUACAUCAACCAAGUAAAAACAUGGCAUGUGAAAGCAAACAAAGCUUUAAAAUCAAGGCACGAUUAGAUUUUUUCCCCGUUUCUAUUUCUCUGAGAUGAAAAUUUUGUAAUUUAUGUCUUCGUUAAUGAAAAAAUAGUUUUUCAAUAUUUUUUCUCAAAUUACAUUGCUUGCGAAUGAAAACAUUUCACAAUUUAUAGUAAAACCUACCUUAUUCUCCAUUUUUUUAAUGAUUUACCGCAAAAAAAAACCCGCACAAAAAAUGUUUUUUCAAGACGAUAAUAGUACAUAGACAUUUUGAAAUUAAUUACUAUUAAUUUCCUAGACAGAAAAGAGAACUUUUUAAUAAAAAUUGUACCAAAGUUGUUAAUUUUUUGUUAUUGUCCAAACAUUUCUAAAGAAAUAGUUAAAUCCAAAGGUUAAACUAAUCCAAUUCUUCAAGCAUAACAAGUUACACACCUUCCCGUACUAAUUCUAGUUGCACCAAAGGCCUUGCUGUGCUGGGCUAUGGUAUUACUUUCCGAGCAUGUAGGCAACCCGUUUCUGCAUUAUUGUUGUAUCCAAACGUAUUAUAUUAACGAAUCAAAAUCCCCCCCGAAAUGUAACUGGUUCGCUUGGUUGGAAGUUUUUGGGUCGAAAUUCAACCGCACGGUCCGCACAUUAGACGUGUAACGUUAAUCGCGCCCCACGCUAAAAAUUACAAACAAAAGUUAUGAUAUGGUAAAACAAAAAUGGAAAAAAUAAAAAACAAAGCACACUGAAUGGGAUAGGAAAAUUACGAACGUACAGGAAGCAAAAAAGGGUGUAGCCGGAAAUGUUGUUGUGUUGAUGAUAGUAAUUGUUAAUAGACGUGUAAGAUUUUUAAGCAAAAGCUUCGAAGUAUGUUAUAUAGAUGCGUUUAUAUUUAGCAUUUGGUACCGGAUGUGUGGCAAACCGUUUUUUGUGGCUGACAUUAUUUAACGCACUGUGUUGCGAAAGCUAGGUUCCUUUCUUCCCAGGCCCAGAGGUACAGAUGGGUAAACUCACGACUGGCAACGAAUGCUAUCAGUAUGCGCUCAAGUACAGUAAUCGCUCAUUUCCGCUCAGGUGUCCACAAGACCACAAAAUCCAUCUUACACUACUCUAGUAGAUUUACCGUCGAGGUAUUUCAGUUUAAAAUAGUAAAACAGUAGAUAACAUGUUUUGCAAGUCCACUUGUUACAAUUGAACGUUACGCGUGUGAUAAAUUAAAAUACCAUUUCUAUCUACCAGUCACCACAUGCAUAACAUGCAUAACACAUUAGAAAGUGUUUCCAUAACAAUCAAUACAGACACACUCCUCACCUCCCUGGGGAGGAGCAAAAAUAAAAACGACCAAAAAAAGGCAACGAGGAUCAACUCGUCCCACGUGUCACUAUGCCACAAAAAUGGUUGCAAAUGCAAAGUCAGCAUUUUCCGCCGGUCAAUUUGAAAUAUGCAUCAGCGUAAAUCCCACUUCAACCUCACCACACACGUAGCUCGUGUUCUUUUGAUGAUUCCCAACAGCCAAUCUCUCAACGACUUCCUGCAUGUGCGCACCCAUUAGCCACGUCCCGAACCCCGAUGCAGCUGACGCUAUCGCUUGCGUGUAUCAUUACCCUUUGGUGUGUGUUUCGUCGCUUAUCUACUGGUGCGUUUCGUCCGGAGUGUCCGAACCACCGACAUUUUUAGUAGAGGAAAAAUUGUGCCACUAGAUGUCGGAGAACGUUGAUACGUAUAAAACACCCGCUCUAGGUGCUUUUCUGUUGCUGCAGACCGCUUGCACACGGUGGUCAGGUGCAAGGACCGAACAAUUUAUUAACAUCCCAUCAACACCAACGCCCGGAGGAAAGCCCGGAGGUGGGGGUUGAUUGGGUGGUCACGUCGCACGCAGCAUCAAUGAUAAUGGUUACCGGGACUAUCAACGCUUAAAGAACCGGAUAAUUCGCCUCGACGUUCGCUUCAACAUGGUGUAAAUGGCAGUGUCCUUUCAACGUCCGGGACCAGGUGUCACUUCGUUUUAAUAUACCGACCCAAAUUUUCGCUUUGGGCUUCUUGCACACACACACACAAACGGAGAGAGAGAGACCGAAACGUUGAUAUUCGCUGGAUAGUGAGUGUCUAGGAUAAUUUUUUUUACCAUCCUGUUCCAGGACUCGGUUCCAUCAUUCCGGUACAUCAUAACAACGAUGUUGCUGCUGCUGCUGAUGAUGAUGAUGAUGGGCCGAGAACGCACAGUCCCAUAAACACGCAAAUUGAUCAUGAUUUUGGCCUUGCCGAUUUUUGGGCUACGAUAAGUGAAAAUUAACUAGCUCGAAGGCAAACUCCUAGCGCCGGGAUCAUCAUCUGGCGAUGCCCAUUUUCGUCAGUCGCUUAAAUUGAGACGAUUUUCCCACCAUCCCUCACACACGCACACAGCGGGAUGGUCAGUAAGUACCAUUUUCUUACUUUAACACUUGGUGUGAACCCUACACGCGCCCCGUCCCCUCACCACCAUGCCCUUUCUUCCACUCCAGAGUAACCGCGCACACGUUGAUUGAUGAUGUUGCUCACUUUGGCGACGCAUUUCAGCGGCAAGUCAAAGGGAAAAACAUUAAUAAAGAGCUUUGGCGGUUAAGGAUAGCGUGAAACAAAACUUGUCCGGGAAAGUUUCACACCAAACACUCCCCGAAGGGUGGAACUCACUUUUGCAAUUUAGGGAUCGCGAAACCGCACUUCGGUGUGGCACUUCGACCAUCGGUUCCAUCGUGCACAGCUGCUACCCUAGUGGAUCAGAACCGUACCAACCUCCUAUAGAAACAUUUUGGUUUUGGGGGGAGCUAUCAGAGUCAGGAGGUGGGGGGAUAUUUAUAUGCGAAUGAUAUUUUACGCGAGUGAAUCGUACAUCUUCAGUUGAGUAAUGUUUGGGGUGGGAAAAUAUUAAUCAUUACAUCCCGACUCAUUCUCUCAAAUGGCAAACUUUUCAUUCACUGUCUGUUUGUGUGUGACACAAACCCAAUACUACUUCCCAGCAUUCAAGGACAAGAGAAACUUUUCAACUUUCUUAUCAAAAAGACAAAAAAAAGAUCACACGCUACUGCCCAAAAAACCUGGGACCAGUAUGAAGUCAGAGGAAACAGGCCCAACAUAAUAAUGAUGACUUCAUUACACUCCAUGACCAUCUGGAAGCAACGCUUUAGAAGUUGGGCUGUGGCAGAAAUCAACGACCCCACCAUUCACACCGAGCAACGGAAAGCUGGCAAAAAGGGAUAAAUUGUCUUGUGCCCCACAUCCGGAUGCGUUCGGCACGGCGUACGGUACCACAAAAGUUGACUAGUGCCAAAGUGAUUAUGCUUAUUUUGUGGCCCGAUCGGUUGUCGACAGGCGACACGACCCCGUCUGAUGCUCGACUUUUGUGUGAUGUUCGCAGAAGGUUCGGAAGUGGAGGAAAUGGUGGCGCUAUAUCGGUCAGAGGAGAAGAGACGAUGGGAGACACGAAAUUUCAUUGCAUAUUUAUGAGUACAGCAAGUUUUCUAACCGAGGGUGUGUGUGUGAUUUCUUUCUUUUUUUCUAUUAAAGUCUCCUACUUUCAUUUUUUGGUUUUGUUUUAAAGGUCAAAAGGUUUCGGACAAAUUUUUCCGUUCACAGAUCCCAGCCCCAGAAAACUAAACCAACCGAUGCCUGCAAACGCAUUAUCUUUGAUGGUGAUUAUUGACCAUCGGUGUCGGUUAUGCAGCCAUAAUAAUAUCCUUGCCAGACGAAUACAAAAACAUACCCCGACAAAGAAACCCCUCCCCCUUAGCCAAGAAGUUGCAGCUGUUGGUACGGGGAUGGGUGCGUGUUAAUUUGAAUUGGAAAUCACCAAUUACCACCGAGGGUGCCAAGGAUAUUGAGUUGAAAAUAAUGUGAAAAAUCCCUACCACACGUGACCGCUGUAUGGUCAAAAGGCGUACGGGAAGCGAUGGUGAAGUACGAUCGCGUGAAAUAAAUUCACACCACAUGUUUCCUGCAUAAUUUUUUCAUUCCAUUUUCAUAUGUUUUUUUUUUUUGGUUUAGAUAUGUUUAUGCGAUAAUUUGAGUACUGUUUUCUUCUUCUUGGCUUUAACGACCUUACAGGUCAUGCCGACCAUUUCUGGCUUACUAGACUUAUUUUACCACGUAGCCGGAUAGUCAGUCCUUGCUACGGGGGGACGGUCCGGAUGGGAUUUGAACCCGGUCCGGCCGUGUGGACUGGCGCCGUUUAUCACAUGCACCACCGAGCCGCCCCAAGUACGAGUGUACUGCCCCGAGUACUGUUUUAUAAGGAGUAUAAAUAAGUUCGUGACGUUUUUAAUCGACGUUUGCUGCUUUUGUGUUUUUAAUAAGUAUUUCUUUUAUCACGCUUUAAAAUAUGGUCCGCUACUUUCUACUGUUUCCGCUAUUUUCAUCUCUCAGGCAAAUCACAAAUCUUGGGAAGAAAAAAAGGAUGGCUAUUUGUGCGCUAUCCAAUAAAUGAUCCAGUUUUUUUAACUGCAUGAUGAUUAUGAAAAUUCAGAUCAUUCUCCAUCGAUCAUUAAAAAUAGUAAUUCGAAGAAGUAAGAUCACAUAUGAUAUUCUAAGGAUCUAACCGUCCUACAUGGCACGGGACUCUUCUACAAGGACCAGCAAGGCCUUGGCUUAGUUGGAGUUUAUUUAACUUGAUCAACAUCUAUACCGCGCCAGACUAAUCUGCCUUUUUUUCUCCUAUUCCUCGGUUCAAACGUAUCAACAGCAUUUUCGUUUGGUUAUGGCAGCUCAUAAUAGACUACAGCCUGCUGGUCCCACCAAACGCGUAGCAUGAUGUAAGGUGAUAAGCUGAACAGCAAUGAGUAUUACCUCUAAUUCUACAUCUGCUAACGUUUUUAUUGGAUCCAGAAUGCACUUCGUUUAAGAAAAAAAAGUUGCCUUUUUAAACAAAUUUCCAUACGUUUAUUUAUUUGGAAUAUAGUUACCAUAAACUCCCAUUAUAUUUUAAUGGAUUUUUCAUGUUAAAAUAGUGAAGCAGAAAAACUAAAUGAACUAGUAGCAACAUCUGCGUUCCAAACGUCACGAACUUAUUCAACAUUCCCAUUAAGUUUUGCGUUCUUAUUACGACAAAUUACUAUACAAAGUUUUCCCUGUCAUUUUUCUGUGAAACGUCUCUUAAUAACAACAUUUAGAGCAUGUAAUAAAACUUUUUUGAAUCACAUUGCUACAAGAGAGAGAAAUGUGGAAAAAAGUGUUUAAUUUCUUCUACGCAGCUAGUUGCGCAGGAGCGCAAAACUUAUAUGGGUAGCUAAUUAUGUUGUCCCGGAAACCAAUGGAGUGCCACUUCCAGCAGGACAUCAUGUUUCAUCAUCGCCAUCCGCUUCCGACAGCACUAAUCUUACGCUACAGCAGCAUACAUCGAAAUGUUUUUUUUUCGGCCCACAAGCACAAUAUUAUUUAUAGUUAUGCAACUUCUCAUCAUAACAGUUCAGAAACAAAGUUUCGUCCAACCUGAGUCUGAUUUUCGUCCGCAUUUGAUUCGGACACGUUGAGGACGCUUAGCUGUUAUGACCGUUUUUAUUUGCCUGGUAUUUGCUCGGCAUACAUAGAGACCGGAUGUUGCCAGGUAGGCAACGUACAAUGAAGAUGGAAUUAUUAGUAAAUAAAGCAGCAGCAAAUGGAAGAAACGAUCUAUAAAGGCAAGCGAGCAUCGGUGGUGUUUUUGUUUGUGUUUUGUUUUUUGAGAAGUUAGUAAGAAAAUUAAUCCAAUCUAACUUUCUUCACACCCGGACGUUUGGGUGCUGGCUGGCUACCGUGAUUCGUCGACAGUGAGCAGAAAAAUAAUAUUUUCACCGACCAGCACUGUGCUGUGCGCUCUAAACGUUUGUGACGUUGCAACCAAAAUGAGGCUAAAAAUCAAUUUCCGCCUAGCAUUCGCUUCCGGGUCGUCUGUUGGAUCGUAAUGGGGAUUAUUACUAAGCACAGCCAAACGAUUACAUUAUGUACAUUCAUCUUCACUUUAUUGUUUUACCUUUAUUUCCCUUUUGCGUUGCCAAAAGUGUCCUGAGGUCUCGUAAACUUGUUGCUAUUAUAGGAUUCGAAUUUAGAUGCAUGGUACGGGAGGAUAGUAGUAACAGUGAAACAGCAUAAGAAACCAUUGUAACCUUUAGUGGUUAGGGCCCUCCCAAGCCUUAGUCUGUGUAACUGCGACUGCAGUCUGCGGUCGCAAAGUGAAAGUCAGGCUGACGGUAUGGUGGAAUCGAAUAGUUGUACAAACGGUUACACGCAAAAUGAAUUCAAACGGUUUCACUUCCUUUCGGAAAAACAAAUAUUAGCACUUUUCAGAAGCAAAACCAAAAUAUUUCAUCUCAGUUACAAUCAUUUCAGAAAUGUUCUGUAACAAUUAAAUUUUAGAAACAAAACACGUAAAAGAUUGCAAAGUUUUAUUUUUUGUUUUAUUUCCACUCUUUCUUUAUCAAUAAAUCCAGCACUUCUGAAGUGUCAUUUUUUUCUUGAUGGAAAUCGAAGCUUAACGGAAAUGAGUCUACAAUAAAAAAAAAAGACAUGAGAACCGAGGGCCGUCGACGUGCGAAGACUUUCUUACCGUAUGUAUAAGUAGACAUAUAAAAUAUAGCAAAACACUAAACACAGCUCACUAAACUAUAAUGCGACAGAUACGAUUUUAUACCAGAGUUAAGUGUAACGGCGAGUGUGAAAUGCAUACGUUGAAACUGUCUAACAAUAGCGAGAAGCGAAACAUAUGAAACAAAAAUACUUUUUUACACUCACGCAAUGAAGAAGAAGAAAAAGAAAACACAUAAAACAAUCAAACAACCAAAAUCGAAAUCACUAACAAUCCUUUUUAUAAACUGUAAUUUAACAAACCAAAACAAAACAAAAACAAUCUGCAAAUCGGUUAAUAAAUGCGCAAACCAAUUAACUGGUGAACUAGUGAAACCAGACUGAGAAGGGCGUGAGUGACUUAAACAAUUCGUAACGUGCUAGCGAGAAGAGAAAUAAAACAGCUCUUCAAAACAGUGAGCAGUAAGGUAUAGGGAAAAAAAAACUAGAAAUAAAAACAUCUAACGGGUCACAUUAUUACCACAUAAAUACUAACGAAUCAAAAUUCAAACAAAACCAGUAAAAGAAAACUAAUUGUUUUUCACGAUAAUUGAAAGAAUAACAACAACACUAAGGAUUGUUGACUCAAAACAUUACAGCUCAUUACUAUUAUAUCGUUUCAAAAUAGUGUUUUAAAGCAAAGCUUCAAAUCAACAGUUUACAUUCCUCAAUAAGCUCAUUUCAUCGAAUUCAGUCUAAAAACGUAACGUAUAACCGAGCAGAUGCUUUGAUUUUAUAAGUUUCAAACAGUAACACAAAAAAACGAAAAUAUGACCAUCAUUGUUAUACAAUAUGCUGCUAAUAGAGAACACAAAACGAUGAAAUGAAGGGUUCGGAACAAAAAUUAACCGAUUUGUCAACAACACUAAUCCAUACUAGAGCGACGAAAAAGCGACAAACUUCAACAGAACCGUGCAAAUUUCAUUAAAGAGACAUGUUUAUAGAUUAUUACCUAAAUGCAAUGUAUUGUAAAGAAAUGUAGGUGACGUUAAUAAUGAUGAAAAUACACACAUACACAAAAACAAAAGAGAGAGAGAGAGAGAGAGAGAGAGAGAGAGAGAGAGAGAGAGAGAAACAAAAAGAGAGAUGAAAUCGGUGCAGUUCAGCACCAUUUAAUCACUUUGCGAAAGUGACCGAAAAUGUGCUUGAAAACGAUCUAAAACACGUAAAACUAAGAUUGGAAAACUAAGCAGAAAAACUGGAAAGAACAAAUUGUUAGCAAAAACAAAUAGACACAAACAACACAUUUAAUGUCAAAGUUGCGGAAGCCAUUCGGAACGAAAUGGAACGAAUGAAAAAAGAAUAAAAGCAAGGAAUAAAAAAAAACAAAACACACAACACAAAACGUAAAAGUGAGAUAACUAAAAAACAGUUGUACUUAUUAGAUAAUGGAACGAAACAGCAGCGCUGGAUGGACAGGGGAAAUUUUGUUGAAAGAUUGUACGAGCAAGGCAGCACUCCGAACGGUCGUCCCUCUGCUCGUUGAUAGAUGCUGUACCAAAAACUGUGCUGUUGUACGAUUGUGUAAAAGCGUAAAAACCCGGAACGAUGUUAGUGUAGUUCACUUGUUAGAAAAAAGUGUUAUUUUCCAGAGUAAUUGCCGCUUUUUCUGGACUCAUUUGUAUUAGCUUGAACGAAUGUAAGAACGUAAGCGUGAGGCCGAAUGGUGCGGCUCAUCAAAUGCAAGAUGCAACGUUUAAAAUGUGUGUGCUGCGGAGCGACAACGAUGUGCGCCUUUUUCGGGGACAAGCAUCCCGCGGGAACCUACUCGAAUUUAUGCUGUCAAUCGUUUACAAACUCAUAAAUAAACGAAACAAACACAAAACAACAACCACAGAAAAUGUAACAUUCAAGUAAUGUAACACUAUAAUGCCUCUGGAGACAAAGGAGAACAAUCAAGCAGCAACCAAUACCUAACUAACAAAACGAAACAAAACACAAUACAGACAGGAACAAAUUAAACAUAAAACAGGUUAGCUUAAACUCACUCAAACCCCUUCUCUUGGUGAAGAUUGGAACAUUAAAACGCACAAACUUAAACACACAAAGAACACCUCUGUCUAUCGUCUCGUACACAAACAUCCUCUACUGCUCUUAAAAAAAGAAACGAAACAGAUCAAUUCUACACUAUCGAAUGGUGCCAAAGGUUAAAAACCAGCGAGAAAAAAACACAAGCACAAAAUAUGGGACAUUCUUUGUAACAAAAGAAACCUUGUCACACACUAUCGCGUACGUAUGAUUGCCCUAUCCGUACAGGAAACAAGCGGUCCGGGUUUUUUAGAACCGUUUUUUAUUCUAAAUACAAAAUUUCAGGAAUUAUUUUUUUUUGAAAUUAUACGAAAAUAUAACACACCCCAAGUUGUCACGAAACCCAAUGUCAAUGAAAAACUUCUGCGAUCAAUUCAAGCGAGACACUAAGCUAACUGUGAACAUUUGUGUAGCGGGAAGGAAAACGGAUAGAUAUCUGCUACGAGGAAGAAUUACUAAGGAGAACAACCAUUUUCUACUGCUACAUGGUAAUGAGUUUUUUAUUUGUGAAAUGCAAUACAAUGCUUCUGAAAUCUGAAUGCUCAAACAAAGUCCAAAGAACACUCAAUAAAGAAACAAUAAAACUGGUAUAAAUAUAGUAAUAACAUGGACGAUACUGGAGAAACAUGUCAAGUAUGAAGAAAAGUCACUCUAUUUCGCAAUGCAGCCAGUUUUAGAUACCGUCAAUCAAUUAGAUUCCCAGUUCCUUUCUCUAGCAGCAUAGCAAUACACCGGAAGCCGGAAAUCUUGGAAAGAAAAACCCACACGUCUCAUACUAGCAAUAAUGAAACUUUAUCGAUGAUGCAAAAGCCACGGCAAACCAAGUGAACGGUGAGCAGAUUUUACUAACAAAAAACACACAUACACACUUAACAAAAAAAAAACCUUAAAAUGCGUAGCAAUGUCAGCCGACACUAGAACUACUUCUAAAACAAACAAACAAACAAAACCGUGGGGCAGAACAAUUUGAAAAGUAAGCAACAAACAUUUUUGGAAUGUACCUCCAUCUUGCCCAAUCGUAUCUCUUCUUGGGAUUGAACUUUAGCCAACAACCCAUCGGUUUUGCAUAAGAGAGUGAAAGGGUACGGUUGGGUUGUUUUUUUUUCUAUUGGCCACACGAAACGACACUAAAGCAUUAGCCAAUCUUUGAACGCAAAUAAAUGCGUAAUAGUGUGUGGCUGAAGAAUUGCUCAUCAAAUCAAAUUGCCCAGCAAUAGGUGCAACAUACGAAAUGUGUUUCGUAAACGUGGGGUAACAGAGCAGAAAAGAACGUCAACCAAAAAAAAAAAAUAACCAGCGUCAGCUAAUACCUUGGAGUCAGAAGGAAAGAAAAAAAAAGCGAGCGAGCAAGUAGUAGUACACGAGCAAGUAAUGAAAACGAUGUAAAAUUUCAUUGUAAUGUUUUGUAUAAAAUUAUUAAAAAGAAAAACAAUGGGACAGAUGUUUUUAUGGUUAAAUAUAUAGUAUUCCAAAAAUUGUUAUUCAGCUUCCAAAUAUUAUAAA